UUCAGAAUCAGAAAUCGGUGGGUCCAUCGCACACGCACACACACAUACACACACACCAGCCGCAUCAGCCAUGACGAAGCCACACGUUCUUCAUUGUGAUGUCUGGUUGUACGGUAUGAGACUCGACAGACAGCCUGACGUCACAACACACACGCGUGCACAGAAACGCCGUGAAUCGGUGUCCUGCCUCACAGGCCACCCUGACCGUUUAAGAGCCACGAGUUGCCUCCAGCACAAUUUCCUCACUAUCGCGCCAAUGGCGGAUGGUGAAGUCGCCGAUGCUCGUGUCGUCGGCGAGCACCUGCCAGAUGGCAUCGCCAAGGUCGUCAUGCACUCCCAGCCCCAGCCGCACACGCCUCAGGCCCCGCACGCCAGCGUUGAGCAGAGACGUCAGGCCGCUCCUAACGAGAUCGGCAGCGUCAGCGGGCUCUAACUCAGCGGGGACUGAAUGAGGACACACACACACACACACACGCACACAGGGCGGAUGCGCACACAAGAUGUAUGGACGAACACCUUCCUGCACUCACUGUAUUCCCGCAUACCUGAUAUUAUGUGUAUCUCUAUCAUCCUAAUCGAUGGAAAGCCCUCUGAG